CAUUUUUCAACUCGCAUCUAGGAUUCCACACACCAUGGUUGAAGAAGAAACACUUGGAACCGACGGUGCAGCACACGAGUACGCUGAAGGCUCGCCACGCAACAAGGAGUCUGCUAGUUCUCCUCUUUGUACCAGGUCAAACCCUGCGUUGAAGCGCACUCACUCGCUUGAUAUCUCGGAUUUGGCACGUGAAAACCCCGGUAACUCUGAUGCUUCUGCUGGUUCAAUGGACACUGAAGAGCACCUGGACGCCGAGCUUGUCAACAAUGAAGAAAUGCAUUUCGACUGGCUCCCUGAACUUGUGAGUACGGAUGCUGGUGUUCUGGAUGAGAUUGUUGCGGUGUCUCCGCGUCCAAAUUUCCCACCGCGCAUUAAGUCAAGUCCACGUCAGCCUCCUGCUGCCUCGUCGCGUUCCCUGGUCCAAAAGCGACGAAUUUCGCGCAAAGAGCAGAUUCAAGUUCUCCGUAAGAAAGUCACGGAGCUCUCACAAAACUUACAGAAUCUUCGGACUGUAUUGUUCGUGGAUUCCUUUCCAUCCUCACUUACUACUUGCGCGGCUAGUUCGAUCACGUGGAAGAGUGUAGCUUCUCGGCAGCUGAAGUUGCGACGCAAAGCAGAAAAUGAGAACGCCAAGCUGAGGGAGUUAAAGAUGUUGCAGAGUCGUACGAUACGCAACUUCAGGCGCAUGGUGCAUCGGCGAAAAGAUGACGAGUUAUUGAGAAAUCUGCGUAACGCGAAGGCGAAGCGUCAGAAUUUGGACAACGAACAUCUUUUUGCAGAACUUCUCCAUGGACUGGAUAACGUUUACGCUGGUCUGGACAAGCUUUAUGAGGAGAAAGCGAUGAGCGCGGUGCCAUGUCCCGGACGCAAGCGACUCGUUCACACUAAUGCUGCUGACGGCACACCUUUUCUAGAGUUUAGGGACAAGAACCUGGUCCCCUUCAGCGUUGACAGAACUGCAAAUGCUGUCUGGACGUUCCUGCAAGGCUCAAAAGGCCGCAAGGGGAAGCGUGUCUGCUGGCAGGACACCCAGCAGACUACCAAUACCUGCAUAAGCCGUGUUGGGUUCACCUGCACAGGAAUUGGCUUAGCCUCGUAUGUUUUGGAGCGGCGAGUUUCCCGCAAAUACGUCGAAAAGAACCGCACAGUGUUCAUCAGCCGUACGAUUAUAGAGCCUACUACAGAAGAGCACUGGACGUCGAGCGUGCGAUUUAGCGAGACGAUGGCUACAGUCGUAAGAGCUGGCAGUCUGCUAUCUUCCGGCCAGGAGACGGCCAUCAUUGAGAGCCACAUCUCAUCGUCAAAGUGUUGUGACCCGAUCGCUCUGCAACGGUGGCCAUUGUACUUAAAAGCGACGGCAGACGGAUGGGAAUCCAAAAUUUCGUUCUACAAUCAAGAGAUCGAGAAUGUGCUGUUUGAAGGGGCCAUUUGCAGCAAGUAGCUAGAGAACAAAGUAACAAGCUAAGUUACAGUGGCAGGUGUUUGUGAUACCUAGCUCAGUACUGAUCAGCAGGCCGACAAUACAGCUGCACUUACCAUUGGCUUCGGC